AUGGCCAAGGAGGAGAAGAAAGGUGGUAGGCCAUUCCAUUUCUCUGCUGCGGCCAGCGAAAUGGGGGACUUCAUGAUGGCAAAUGAGUUAGUUGAUCCGGGGUUUUCCGGGCCGGCCUUUACUUGGACUAACAACAAGGAUGUGAGGAGCCAGAUUUAUUCCCGGAUGGAUAGGUUCUUGGUUAGCUCGAGUAUCCUGGACUCCUUUCAAGGACUUUCGGUCAGACAUCUCACUCGUCUGGCCUCUGACCACUGCCCUAUUCUCUGCUCGCUGCGUGAGGAGGUCAGGAGGACACCUUCACGGUGGAUGAAAUUUGAGGACUAUUGGGCCAGUUACCCAGUGGUGUGGAAAUUGGUUUUGGACAAAUGGAAGUUACCCGACCUGGGUUCUGAGGUGGCCAAAUUGCACAAAAAAUGCCAACGGUCUCUAAGGGACUUGUUCUUUUGGAGCAAGAACAAAUUCAAGGAGCUAAAUCAGCUUAAGGAAAUGCUGGACAAGGAGAUUCAUACUCUGCAGGACUAUGAGUGCUCACCGGCAGGGCUGCCAGAAACUCAGAAUGAGUCUCUGAGGUAUAAGGUUCAAUUGCUAAACUCUACUCUUACCCGUAUUAUGACUUGGUGGGGGCAACGUGCGAAGGUAAGGUGGAUUGAGGAAGGGGAUGACAACUCUCGUUUCUUCCAUUCUAUGGCCUCUGCGAGAAGGCCCUCUAAUCGCAUUGUUCAACUGAGGCUUUCGGACGGGCAAUUGACUUCCGAGCAUGAUAAAAUUGUUGAAAUGGUUCAGGGAUUCUUUGAACAAAAGUGGAAGGGGAAUAGCAUUGAGGAACUGGGGUGGCCGAACUUGGGCUCCCAUUCCGCUAUUUUAGCUCAGGCUACUGCACAGCUGGAUAGGGAGGUUACUGGUGAGGAUAUUUGGCAAGCGGUUGGUUCUUUGGGGCAGAAUCGGGCUCCCGACAGGGAUGGCAUUACGGCCUCUUUCUUCAAAUAUUUUUGGGACAUUGUGGAAGAACAAGUCUCUCUGGCUUGUCUGGAUUUUUUUCGGACUGGGAUUAUGGAACCGAGCUGGAAGGAUACGAUUGUGGCUAAGAUUUUGGUUAACCGCAUGAAUGGUAUUCUGCCCAGACUUAUCUCGGAGGAGCAAGCAGCUUUGGUUCCCGGAAGAUCUAUUUCGCACCAUUGUCUGUUGGGCCAGGAGAUAAUGAAUAAGUUUAAAGUUUCAAAGGCUGGUGCGGGGUGGUUUGCUAUGAAGGCCGAUAUGGAAUAG